AUGAGAAAUUCCAGUCUCCAACGAAAUUUCUUCCACCUUCACUCGCCGAUUUUCCAUGAUCAUUGCCUCUACACGAUCAACCAUGUCUUCAGAGGUCGCCUCGGAGGGGCGUCCCACACGGGGGUCAUCUUCAAGAGACUCACGGCCAUGACGAAAUUCCUUGUGCCAGCGGCAUUAUCCUUUGAUGAGGAGUUACCAGGGAAUAUUACCAAGCCCUUCCUGCUGCAGAAGCAUGCCAAGGUGAGGGAGGCAGCCCUGGAGGACACACACAGCAAGAUUUACUUGGAUUCAAAAAUAAUGAAAUACUUGGAUAAACUUGGGCUUCAAGUGGAAAGGGUGACGGAUAAAAUAUCUUCCUCAGGAAGAAAGAAAAAGAAGGCAAAACAGAAGAAAGUGUAUGUGGCGAGACAGUCCAGCAGGGCUAGGCAUGGCAGCAGCAGCAGAUUGCCGUCAGUAAAGCCUUCAAAGAGGAGAGGCCUUGUCAAGUCCACUUUUAGCAUGGUGGCGGACCACAGAGACACAAGGAGUGUCCAUGAGAGGAUAAGUAUGCAGGUGGAUGAAUCAUCAAGCCAGUCCGUCAUAGGUGGUGGUCCUUCAGGUUUGGUGCACAAACCACAGCGCUUGUUCAGUAAUAUCGACAUUGCCUGGCAACUUAAGAGCUAUGACCAGCAACCUGCUCACUCACAGAGGUACACAAGCAAUGCAUUAAUGACAUACCAUCAGCCAGAUCAGUAUCAGUUUAAUCUUACUCGUAAUGAGUUUUGGGGAGAUUACUCUGUGAACAUGUUUCCAUGGAGCCAAUAGGGUUAGGGAAGCUGCACUGGCCACUGACAAUGCUAGCUGACUGGUUUUCUCCAAGAGAUGCUAAGCUGGACUCAAGUAGUACAUGCUCAGUUUGUGGCAGUUCAUUUAUUUCAUCAGUCUUUGUAGUAUAUAGAUGGUUAAGUAACAAAGUUUUAUGUUUAUAGUAGAAUGAUUCUUAAUUUGACCUCAGAUAUCCAAAGACACUACAUGAGAAGUUUUCAAGACGAGAUUGAAGUAAGUAAUAAGAAAUGAAUGAUCUUGAAUUCCACUUGCAUAAUUCACAGAUGAUUUCUGUACUGUCUUUAACCUGUGUGGCCUCUACUGUCCACCAGGCAGCAGCCAAUUGCUAUGUAGGAAAUUAGUAUUUAUAAAAAUCUGGUUCUGGAUAAAGUAACCUACUCUGAGUGCCUCCUGUCUGAAUUUGUCUGAUGCUCCUAAGUUAGACACAACAGCGUAGGAAUGUGGCAGUAGACGUCACUAUUGGCAACAUGUAAUUGGCUGCUGCCUUGUGAGUAAGAGAGGAUGCAGAAAUAACAAUUGAUAACCAGUAGUAAAUCCCAGUUGUUUAAAUUUUCAUAUAAUGUGAAUUAAACUGUUAAGAAAACUGUUUAUUUAGUAGUGCCUGGCAACAAUUGUAUUGGUUAUCCUCACCACACCUGUCUCAGAGCUGCAUGCUUAUGUAUUCCGAUUGACAUGUUUGUUUGCCUUUUGUUAAAGACAGACUUGGUUCAUUGGUUAUAUAAUUGCACUAUAGCAUAGAGAGACUCCUUUGCAAUGUAGUGAUUUGUUUUAGUAGUAGUUAAAAGACCGUGAGAAAUAAUGAUUGUAAUAAACAUUUUUGGGGUAUUAUGUCAUUGAAUCGGUCAAAUUUUGAUGAUUUGAUCUUGUUGCAUUUAUUGCAUGGUCCAAUGGUGCCAAGUUGAAUGGUAUAUCAUGAGUAAGAGAUUGGUUAUGGUGUGGAGAGUGCAUCAACAGUGCUGAGACAAUUGUUAGCGAGAAGAUAUUAGGUGCAUGAGCAAAGGAUGCUAUUACACAGAGACGCUGUUACAAUGCUGCCAAGGCACUGCAGCACACCUUGCUUGAACAGUCCUCUAGUCUUGCCCAUGGGUCUUGGUUAAGUGGGAUUUUGCAGUACCAUCUCUUGUCUAUUCUUUCAUUGAUUUCAACUCAAAUCUAAGAUAUUUCUAUAACUUGUUACCAGUUGGCCAUCUCCUAUAUAACCAUAGAUGCUUGUCUUCUGCAAUACUCAAUUCCAUAAUGUUGGACACAUGAAGAAUGCUAGAUUAUAAAUGUUUUGUUUUUGAGUAGUGCAAGUUCAAAAGAUUUUCAGCCUUUAUAAGUUACUAUUCUGUCAAUAGAAAGAAAUAUUGAUCUGUAGAGAGUUUUCUUGAAUAUGGUAGUAUGAUUUUUAUUAAGGAAGAAAGGGAAGGUAACAUGUUUGUGAAAGACAAGAACGGCUUUGCACCUAGAGGAGAAACACACUCGGUGCCUUGCCUCUAUUGCCUCACACCAGCAGCCUCCAUUAAUUAAAAAGCUUAGUACUA